AUGUACACCAAGGAUGUGAGCAGUAUUCGCAGACGCACAUAUAGCCAGCAAUUCCGCCUACGGCACCGGAACGGGCCAGGCGCACGCUCCCAGUUGAAGCCGACCAAAUCAGACGUGGAUUCCUACUCGACUCAACAUUACUUCCACGACUACAUAACCAUCGUCAACAUGGAGAAGAACCUCGCUGAAAACUUGAAGCCAGAUAUACGCAAGCACUGCCGUCGUCCCAAUGAUCGGCCGCGGUCGAUGAAGUGCAAGAAGAUGGAAAGGAAGCGAAUCUCCAACACGCCGACGAGGUUGACCCAAUCCGACUACAACGUCGUGAUCCAGGAUACCGAUCCCUUAGCCGUCAACAACGACAUCUCUACGACCGAGACCGUGUCUUUGGCAGCGGGGAAGGUGAGAACCUUCGCGGCCAGGUUGUACUUCAGGGCCAUGACUUCAAGGACCAUCCAGAUCGUUCAGGAGAAGAUGCCCCUCGAGCAGCGUCUUGAUCAGGCCCGCGAGUGUGUUGCUCACGAGGGAGUUCAGGACGGAGCUAGCGAUGCAGAUGAUGGAGCUGGUGCUGUUCUAGCAGCCAACCAAGGGCAGUGUCUGUUCUCGGAGGGUUACAACAAGCCCGCCAUGGUCACAAACUUCGCCAACAUAAACGAUACCGAGCAUUGCGAGGUCGCGAUCCCGCCUAGGAACUUCUGUCAACAAGUAGCAGAGCUCCGAGGGCAUUUCGUAGUCUGCGAGAAGUUCGCCAAGUCGAAGUAG